UCACUUUGAGGAAAUCCACACUUGUCUAAAGUGUUUGACAUUUGCAAAACAAAGUAUAGGCCUCUAGCUCUACUCUCCGCCUCUUUAAGUCUGUCCUACAUCUGACUCCGCAGUUUGCACAGCAGCCUGUACUCUGCCCCACAUUUUAUUUGGCAAUUCUCACCACCACUCGCUUCGCCCGUCGCUGCGUAAAAGCCGCCGCGCUGCGCUUGGAAAUGUACUUGUUUUUGCGCACAGCGAGGUCUCCAACAUGGACUUAAAAUCCGAGCUCCUCAAAUCCAUCUGGUACGCUUUCACAUCUCUGGACGUCGAGAAGUGCGGGAAAGUGUCCAAAUCGCAGUUGAAGGUGCUUUCUCACAACCUGUACACAGUGCUGAACAUCCCACACGACCCCGUGGCUCUGGAGGAGCACUUCCAGGAUGAUGAUGAUGGACCGGUGUCUAAUCAUGGCUACAUGCCCUACCUCAACAAAUACAUACUGGAUAAGGUCAAAGAGGGGAUGUUUGAAAAGGAGAGGUUUGAUGACCUGUGCUGGAUGAUGACCAUGAAGAAGAACUUCAAGGGGUUACCACAGGGGGCGCUGCUAUCGCAAAUAGACUGUUUCAAGCUCUUCUGUUUAUUCAACCUCCUGUCUGAGGACCGCUACCCGCUGGUGAUGAUACCAGAGGAGGUGGAGUAUCUCCUCAAGAAAAUCUCCACAGCGAUGAGCCAGGAGUGGGACGGGAAGCCAUUAGAGGACUUCAUAACCCAGGAUGCCACAGUGUGGGAAGGCGACAUGUCUGUAUGGACCUUCCUGGAGCACAUGGGUGCAGGCCGGCUCUUGAGGGUCACCAGUGCCGAGACCUUCAGUCUGGCUUUGGAUGAGGUCUUUCUGGAGAUGUAUCACAACGUCCUCAAGAGGGGUUAUAUGUGGAAAAAGGGGCAUGUACGCAGGAACUGGACUGAGCGUUGGUUUGUGCUGAAGCCCUCCUCCAUUGCUUACUACGUCAGCGAGGCCUUGAGUGACAAGAAAGGGGAGAUCCAGCUGAAUAAGAGCUGCAUCAUAGAGCCUAUUGCCGACAGGGAGGGGAAGCGCUGUAUGUUCUGUGUGAAAACUCACAAUAAAACCUUUGAGAUGAGCGCGUCUGACCAGAGGCAGAAGGUGGAGUGGACUCAAGCUAUUCAGACAGCUUUCCGUCUCCAGAGCGUGGGCAAGUCCUCCCUUCACCACGAACUCAAACUGAAGAGACGCGUCCAGCGGGAACACAGCCACCGGGAACACAGCCACCGGGAGCGCAGCCGGAGCAGCUGCAGCAGCCGGAGCAGCCAAUCAGACGACUCCAACAUGCAGGAGAUGGAGAAGACGGAGAAGGAGAAAGACAGACAGGAUUCAGAAAUAGAAAGCAUCAUACAGCAUGCACGCGAAUUAGAAACCAAACGAAGGGAGGCCGAGGAAAAAGAGAGGAGGAAACAGAGGGAGGUGCAGAUGGAGCUGGAGAGACAGCUGAAAGAGGCCGAGACGUUGAGAGACAGCAUGCAGGCAGAGAUGCAGGAGAAGGAAAAGGAGGCUGAGCAACAGAGAAAGAGGAUCCUGGAGUUGGAGCUGACGCAGCAGAGACUGGAGGCUGCUCUCAACAUGGAGAUCCAGGCCCGGCUGGAGGAGGAGAGGGCCAGACUGGAGCUGGAGAGGUUGCUGCGGGCGGAAGAAGCGAAGAAGAAGCAGUUCCAGAUGCUCCAGGAGCAGCAGAGGGCCUUGCAGUGCCUCAGCUCCAUACUGGAGGCCUCAGACGACAGUCCAGACGAUCACACCCCCUCAGCUCUUCACUCGGCCUCUCAGGAGCUCCAGGAUCUGCAGGCUUCUCGCCAGAGGAGCCACCAGCACCUGGAGGAGUUACAAGAGAAGCUGAGGUAUGCCAGUCAACACGUACGACACUGGAACGUCCAGCUGAACCGCCUGAUGAAGCCCAUCGGUCCUGGAGACCGUUUGGAACAUCGCCUAUUAUCAAAACACAUGUGUCCCAAAAAGGAAGGAGCGCUGGCCAGUAACGAGUUCAUCUCCAAAUUCAAGAUAAGAGCGGAUCAGAACAGACAGACACCAGAAGACGGCGAGACGCUGGAGGAGCAGAUGGAGGCCUCAAAGCUGUCAGAUGGAUCAGACGAAUCGCAGAGAAAACCCAACGGACAAAUGUGAUCCGAAAAGUUUCAAAUAUAGUUCAUCGUGCGUUUAAAGCUGAGAGUGGAAAGGAGAAGAAGUAAAGCUAUUUACAAUAUAGAAAUGUUGUAUUAUAUUUAUAUUUUGAAAUGCACACUAAGAGGGAGACCAAUGACGACAAGCACAAUGUGAUGCAUGAUUUAAAGAGAACACAUUUGACGAAGAUCAACUGACAUUUACAGUUCUGUACAAUACAUUUUAUUGGUGAAUACUAAAACAUCAUUUUGUGAUAUUGGUCAUUUCUGUGGGCAACACAUUUGAAUUACCACAACAUCUCUCUAUUGUAUCCUGAUAACUGAACUCACAGGAAGUUAUGUUUGGAAGUAAUAAAUCUGGCAAAGUUA